AAAAAAGCCACGGUACAAUACUUUCAGGUUGAUCUCACUGCUACUGGUACAACUAAUAGGUGCUGUAUAGCAGUAUAGCAGCUUAUCUCUGUGACCUUGUGUACCAGCGAAACUGAAGCGACCGAUAAAACUCUCCGGGCUGGUUCGCAUCCGAACUUUUUUCAGUCGUGCUUAAGGAAGAACGUAUUGAACAAUUCCAAGGCCAAACAACAAGAAUCGCUCUCAACUCGUCUCUUUAAGUUUCCCUCGUUAUGCUAGAAUUCAACGAUGAUGCGUCCAGGCGCGAAAAGUGCUUCACCAGCCUAGGACAACUGCCGCCAUUCAUCGAUCCUAAACAGCCACCGACAAGAAAAGUCCCGUUCUCGGCCAUUCUGGGCCAUCCUUUCGUCCAUACUGUCGAAGUCACUUUACCCAAGGAGGCAUACACAACCAUCCAAGCAUCCUUGGACAGUAAACUACAGAAGCUCCGCUAUGCGCGGGUCUUCAUGUCCCUGUCGUCUCUACUGGAGACGGAAUUCUUCAACACCUACAUCAAGAAAGGAAACAUUCUUAUGAUAUCGGAGGGCCGAUCAGGCUCAGACAGUGUCUUCACGCUCCGAGAUGGCAUCUUGAAACUCGAGCUCAGCAGGGAGAUCUUCGAGCGGACCGGUUUGACAGGAAAGCCCAUCCGCAGCGGCGGCAGGAAACACGCAAAAGAGCGAUACAUCAUCGAACUCAACCUCCGCUUACCAUCGAUGCUCCACGGCAAAAAGGGCUUCAAGCGGAUUGAGUGGGCCUUCCAAAACGUCCUUACCCAGUCCGUAGCCUGGCUCUUCUUCGAUCUUUCAUCCGAGACAAAUGGCAUCGCCGACGACGACCUAUCCCUCAAAGGCAACCACCCGCAAAUCCUCCCCUGCUCGCCCGCCAUCACCGAACACCCGCAAAUCCUCGUCCCGCCUCUCGACACCCUCAAACUUCAGGACUCCUCCACCGCAGCCGCAGCCGCUACCCACCAAGCGGAAUUGCAAAACCAAUGCACCGAGGUCUCCGAAUGGCUGGCGAUGGUCUCCCUCGGCUCGCCGCGCGUCACCGCCGCCGACGACGUGGAUCCGUACCUGAGCCGCUACUGCGUGCCGGACGCGGACGAGGCCCAACCCACCGACCUCGUGUCGCUACGGUGGCGCGGCCUGAUCCCUUCCAAAUGGAUCGUGGGGUUGCUGGUUCAGUUACUGCGGGAGACGGCUGCCGGUGGCUCCGCGGCAGCAUCCGCUUGGUUCGCCAUCUCAGCGAAUGCGCUGGGCCGGGAGGCGGUCGAGGCCCGGGAUGGGUAUUUGCUUUUGGUGCUUCCGGCGUUGACGAUGGCUGCUGCUGCGCCUUCGGGGCCCGAGGAUGAGGAGAAGGUUGGCAAGGAUGCCAUUGCGGCUGCUCGGCGGUUGGGGCGGCACUUUGUCAGUUGGGAGUUUGUGGGAGCGUCGGUUCUACAGUAACGUAGCGGGGUUGGUUUUCUGGAUACCUGUUGGAAGAGUGUAGUUGAUUAUACCCCCCUGUGUUGGAGAAUUGUAC